AAGAUGAAAGCGCGUCAGUUGGGAGCAAGGAUUUCCUUUUAAAAUUCUUUCAUGUAUAAUAUUCCACUUUAUUUUAUUUUUCAAGGCUGCAAGGAGACCGGUUGGAGAAAUUGAUGAAGUCCCCGCCUGGCUUGGGGCGAAGAGACUAUUGCGGGGUUGCAGUCAGAAAGUGCAGGAGAUCAUUUUGCCAAGUGAUCAGGCGGGAGGGACAUUGAUUUUUCACCUUUUUUUCCACCCAGCGUCUGAAGUUUUUUGCUGGGUCGAGGAAAGAAUGGAGACGCGGAUAGCUCUCCAUAGAUUCUUCGGACUUGUCAUCUCUUCAGUUGCAAUACUGAAUCUGAUAAACCAGGUGGCCUGCGGCUCCAGGUCGUGGGGCGAUGUUGCCCUGCCUGAGGACCUGGAGGCCGGCCAGAAAGACCGGCGCUGGAGGCGCUUCCUGGCCGAGUCCGACGAUGAGGACUUCGCUCUGGAGGACUACUCCGGAGACGGAGGCAGUGGAGAUGAGGACGGGAGCACCCCUGAACCCUCCGAGGUCACACCCACGCCCACGUCCACACCCACGCCCACGCCCGCUGUGACCACAAUCUACUACCGCGCCCUGGUCAACUUCACCCACUCGUUUGACUACAGCCCAGCCCUGGAGGACAUAUACUCAGACACCUUCCAGGAGAUCUCUGAUGUCAUUGUGGACACGCUGGAGUCUCUGUACAGCAGUAUUGCGGGGUUCCAGACUAUCAGUGUGGUCCUCAUCAAGAAGGUGAGCGGCCACUUGUUCGUGGAGCUGGACGUCGGCUCGGACUUCAACUCCAACGACAAGGAGAUCCGGAACGUUCUGUACACCGCGGUGAAGAAGGGCACCCUGGCCCCUUACACCACCUCUGUGGAGGGCUUCCAGUUCCGUCGCCUCGGAGAAGUGGUGCCCAGUCGCCGGGCCUGCAUGGAAGAUGAGUUCAUGUGUGUGGACGGGAGCUGCAUCCUGCUGGAAUACCUGUGUGACAAGAGGCCCGACUGCCUGGACAUGAGCGAUGAGCUGGACUGCGAUGAAAUCACUUCUCCUGAUACAAGUCCUGCUCCGACCAUCACCACCCCCGACCGCAAGUCCCCCCAGCCCUCUCUGCCCGGGGCGUGCCGGGUGGACCAGGCCAGGUGUCCCAGCGGAGAGUGCAUCCCCCGAGACUACCUGUGUGACGGGGAGAAGGACUGUCCCGACGGCAGCGAUGAGAUCAAGUGUGGGACCCCCUCCCCCUGCGAGCCGAACGAGUUUAAGUGCCAGAACGGCCGCUGUGCCCUGAAGCUGUGGAGGUGUGACGGGGACAACGACUGUGGAGACCACUCUGACGAGAGCUACUGCCCCACUAAAGGUCCAGGAGACACCUGUGCUCCGGAGCAGUUUGUGUGCCUGAGUGACCACACCUGCAUCCCGGCCAGCUACCAGUGCGAUGAGGAGCCAGACUGCGCUGACCGCUCGGACGAGGUCGACUGCACUCCCCCCGUGGUGACCACUGCCCCAGAGGAGCUGAUCUCAGUGCCCCGCGGGGGGAUGGUGACCUUCACCUGCCUGGCUGUGGGGGUGCCCACCCCUAUCAUCACCUGGAGGCUGAACUGGGGCCACAUCCCCACCAGCAGCAGAAUCACCAUGACCAGUGAAAACGGGCACGGUACCCUGGUCAUCCGGGAUGUGAAGGAUCCGGACCAGGGAGCGUACACCUGUGAGGCCAUCAACGCCAAGGGCAUGGUGUUUGGCAUCCCCGACGGGAUUCUGAGCCUCAACCAGAGAGCAGGUAGCUGCCCCGAUGGAGAGUUCAGCUCGGUCAGAAACUCUCGCUGCGUCUCCUGCUUCUGUUUCGGCAUCACCAGGACGUGCCAGAGCUCCGGCCGCCAGCGCGGCCAGGUGCAGCUGCGCUUCGACAAGGCCGGGGACUUCAAAGGGGUGAAUGUGACAUACCCAACCCGGCCGGCCACGCCCCCUCUCUCCAGUAACCAGUUCCAGAUCAAUCUGGAAUCUCAGGAGCUCCAGCUUGUGGAUCUGUCCCGCCGGUUCCUGAGCUUGGACUCCCAUUGGUCACUGCCUCGCCAGUUCCUAGGAAACAAGAUCGACUCGUACGGGGGGUUCCUGAGGUACAAGGUGCGCUACACGCUCCCCCGGGGCGAGACGGAGCCCCAGGAGAAGGCAGAGGUGGUCCUCGUGGGGAACGGGCAAAGGCUUAUCUACCGCCGGAGCAACCCCACGCCCCCUCGCGCCAUUAACCAGAAGGCCAUCAAGUUCACAGAGGAACACUGGCAGCACUCCUCCGGGCUGCCAGUCACCCGGCAGGACCUGAUGAUGACCCUGGUGAAGCUGGACGGCAUCAACAUCCGCACCAUGUACGACAAGCGCAUGGUCACCUUGUCCCUGAGUGAUAUCUCCAUGGACACCACCAGCGCCGAGCGCAGCAGCCUGGGCCCCGCCCCAGAGGUGGAGGAGUGCAGGUGUCCCAAAGGGUACUCGGGCCUGUCCUGUGAGGAGUGCGCCGCUGGGUUCGAGCGUGUGCCAGGGGGGUCUUACCUGGGCACCUGCGCUGGUUGCAACUGCAACGGACACGCCAGCACCUGCGAUCCCGCCAGCGGACACUGCCUGAACUGCCGUCACAACACAGAGGGGCCGGCGUGUGAUAAGUGUCGCCCUGGCUUCUUCGGGAACCCCCUGCGAGGUCGAUCGGAUGACUGCAAGCCCUGCCCGUGCCCACACACCGAGACAACCCGCCGGUUCUCUGCCACCUGCUUCCUCGACCAUGACUCCCAGGCUACCUGUGACGCCUGCAGGACUGGCUACACUGGACGCCGGUGUGAACGCUGUGCACUUGGCUACCAGGGAAACCCCCUUCAGCCCAAUGGCAAAUGCGUUCCAAAUGCCAGCUCUGCAGUGAUCCCCAGCAGGUUAAAGUGUGACAGCAGAGGGGUGGUGAACUCAAACAGCAGCCCCUGCAGCUGCAAGGCCAAUGUGGAGGGAGCUCUGUGUGACAAGUGCAAGCCCAGCUCUUUCCACCUGUCAGAGGACAACCCUGAGGGCUGCCUGCAGUGCUUCUGCAUGGGCGUCUCCAAGACCUGCGCCAGCUCCACCUGGAACAGAGGCCAGGUGCAAGGUGGCACCAAGGGGCAGAUCUUUGCCCUCUCCGAUGGAGCCAACACCAGGACCAUCACUGAGGGAAUCGUCCAGAAGGAUGCUUCUGGAGUGGCCUUCCGAUCCUUCGGCAGUAUCCCCAAGGACAUCUACUACUGGGUCCUACCUGAGAGUUUCCGUGGAGACAAGGUGACGGCUUACGGUGGAGAGCUGCGCUACACUGUACGCUUUGAGCCCCGCCAGCGUUUCGUGGUGACAACAGGACAGCCAGAUGUGAUUCUCCAAGGCAACGGCAUCUUCCUGGAACACUUCUCCAAGACCAGACCUGCUGCCCGCACCCCGACAACCAUCACCGUGCGAUUCAGGGAGUCUGCGUGGAAGCGCGCCGAUGGGCAGCCCUGCACUCGUGAGCACCUCCUCAUGGCCCUCGCUGAAACUGCAGUCUUCAUGAUCAGAGCCACCUACGCUGACAGCCUGCUUGGGACCAGUAUUUCGGACAUCCAGAUGGACAUCGCAGUACCUCACUCCACAGGCAGGGGGCAGGCCAUGGAGGUGGAGGAGUGCGCUUGUCCGCGGGGGUACAAAGGGCCAUCCUGUCAGGAGUGUGAUGAGGGGUACACCCGCACAGGAGCGGGGCUCUACCUGGGCACCUGUGAGGAGUGUGACUGCAAUGGGCACGGCAGCAGCUGUGACCCCGAAUCUGGGGAGUGCCUGGAAUGCCUUCACAACACAGCGGGUCCCAACUGUGAGCGCUGCAUGCCCGGGUUCUACGGUGACCCCAAAACUGACGGGGUGUCGGCCUGUCAACCCUGCCCCUGCCCCGGCAUCUCCCCCAACGACCAGUACUCCAAGCAGUGUUACCUGGACUCAGACAACCAGCCCACCUGUGACAGCUGUCCCCCUGGCUUCACCGGGCGUCGCUGUGAGAGAUGUUCAGCAGGAUACACAGGGAAUCCACUGCUGGGUCUGUCCUGCACUUUUGCCAACGGACACUGUGAAAGCUGUGAUCGUAAUGGAAGUGAUGGCUGUGAUGAAAACGGACUCUGUCUCUGCAAGGCACACACGCAGGGGCCCUCAUGCUCUGUGUGCAAACCGGGCUUUUUCCACCUGAGCUUCAACCACAAAGAUGGCUGCCUGCCCUGCUUCUGCAUGGGCGUCAGUCAGCAGUGUCUCAGCUCCCCCUACUACAGACAUACGGUGUCCUCCAGCUUCUCCCCGGGAGACUUCCAGGGCUUCGUGCUGGUGAACCGCCAGCACACCGACCGCGUGGCCACAGGCUUCACGGUGGAGGUGGCCACCGACGGCACCCAGCUCUCCUUCAGCCAUUUCAGGAGCCUGCAGCCAGACCCCUACUACUGGCAGCUCCCCGUGGACUACCAGGGGGACAAGGUGGGCUCCUAUGGCGGCCGUCUGAGGUACACCCUCAGCUACGUAAUGAGUUCCAGAGGAACACACAUCGAUGACACUGACAUUCAGAUAAUUGGCAAUGACAUCACGCUGGUGGCUCGCCUGCCUUGGCCAAGGACACCGGGGGUACGACAGUCCCGCGAGUUUGAGAUCAUCUUCAGAGAGGAGUACUGGCGGCGCCUGGAUGGCAUGCCCGCCACGCGGGAGCACCUGAUGAUGGUGCUGUCUGACCUGGAGGAGGUCCUGAUCCGGGCCUCCCACUACACCAGCAUGCUGUCGGCCAGCAUCUCCGGCGUGAGCAUGGAGGUGGCCCGGCCCACUGACACUGGCGGAGCCCCAGCCCUGGAGGUGGAGCAGUGCCUGUGCCCCCAUGGGUACCAGGGCCUGUCCUGCCAGGACUGUGCUGUUGGGUACACGCGCACAGGAACCGGCCUGUACCUGGGUCACUGUGAGGUCUGUGAGUGCAAUGGGCACUCAGACUCCUGCCACCCAGAAACGGGCAUCUGCACGAGCUGUCUCCAUAACGCCGUGGGUGAGCUGUGUGAACAGUGUGCCCCAGGUUUCUAUGGCGAUGCCACCACUGGAACACCUGAGGACUGCCAGCCCUGCGCCUGUCCAUACACUGACCCUGACAACCAGUUCUCCCCCAGCUGUGAGGCACUGAGUUCUGGAGGCUAUCAGUGCACCGCCUGCUUGCCUGGAUACGUGGGACAGUACUGUGAGCGCUGUGCUCCCGGGUUCGUGGGAAACCCCCAGGAGAGGGUCAAGUGCCGCCCCUACGGCAGCAACGCUGCGUCCCUGCAGGUGAGGGUGUACCCAGAGAGGGUGCUGGUGUCCCAGGGCAGCCCUGUCACCCUCCGCUGUCAGGUGACCUCCUCUCCACCCCACUACUACUACUGGACCCGGGAAGAUGGCCGCCCGCUGCCCAGCAACGCUGAGACACGAAGCUCCCAGCAAAGUGAGGAGUUGUAUUUCUCCAGUGUCCAGCCCAGCGAUGCAGGUGUUUAUAUCUGCACCUGUCGGGACCAGCACGGCACUAACAGGAGCCGGGCCCAGAUUGUGGUCACCACUGGUAUAUCCAAACCAAUUGAAGUGCUGAUUGAGGAACCCAAAGCCCAGAGUGUGAAUCUUGGUUCAACAGUGAGCUUCAUCUGUACAGCCAAGAGCACGUCACCAGCAUACACCCUGGUCUGGACCCGUCGCAACAACGGCAAGCUGCCCACGCGGGCCAUGGACUUCAACGGCAUUCUCACCAUCCAGGACAUCCAGACGGAGGACGCCGGCAUGUACGUGUGCACCGCCUCCAACAUGUUUGCCAUGGACGAGAGCACGGCCAUCCUCUACGUGCCAGAAGCCUCACAGACUCAGAUGUUUUACACAGCCUAUGAAAUGUUUGAAGGACACAGAGCACCUGCGGGGGGCUCCCAGCCCCAGGCCUCCAUUAGCCCCCCCGGCCUGACCAUCCAGCAGGGCCAGCGGGCCGAGUUCCACUGCACGGUGACGGGGACCCCCACCCCGGCUGUAGAGUGGUCCGGUGGGCAGGGGAACCGCAUCUCUCCCAGCGCCAUCAUUAGAGGAGGUGUCCUCAUCAUCCCUGCCGUGGAGCGCUCAGACGAGGCCGAGUAUUUCUGCAGGGCUCUGAACACACACGGAGAACACAGGGCCCGAGCGGUGCUCUACGUCCACAGUGCCAGUCUCCCACACGUCCAGGUGAGCCCCCGGCACGUGGAGGUGCGAGAGGGGGAGACGAUGAGGCUGUACUGCAGGGCCGGGGGAACGCCCAGCCCUGACCUCACCUGGAGGAAGAAGGACGGACCGCUCCCCCCUCAGGCCCGUAUGGAGCGCACAGACAUCGGCACGCUGCUCAUCCCUGACAUCCGGGCCUCGGACUCAGGCACCUUCCUGUGCGUGGGCACCAACUCCAUCGGCUCCUCAGAGGCCCCCGUCCAGGUGACCGUGGUCCCAGGGGAUACCAUCUCUUCUGUUAUCAGGAUCCAUCCUUCCAUAGCAUCCGUGCAGGAAGGACAGUCAUUGGACCUCAGCUGCAUCGUUCCCGGCAACCCUCCACCCUCUGUCACUUGGCAGCGGGUGGGCAGGCCCCUCUCCUCCAAUCACAAGGUCCUGGGGAGUCAGUUGCGCAUUCUCCAGGCUUCUGAGGCUGACUCUGGGGAGUAUAUCUGCCAGGUGGAUGGUGGUCCAGUGCUCAAACAGGCUUCAGUGUCUGUGUCCGUCACUUCCAGCUCCACCCGCCUGCAGACCCCCAUCAUCUCCAUCGAGCCCCACAGCACCUCAGUGCGUCUGGGCGAGUCCAUGAGCUUCAGGUGCCUGGUCCACAACGGAGCGCAGCCCAUGCGCCUGGAGUGGAAGAUGUCCAACGGGCAGGCUCUGCAAGAUAAUGUGAAAAUUGGACCUGAUGGUUCUGCCAUCACCAUUGUCAGGAGUCGUCCCAGUAACCAGGGUACCUACCGUUGUUCGGCCAGCAACCUGUUUGGAAUAACUCAGAGUAUGGCCUCCCUCAUUGUGAAAGAGCCGCCCAAAGUCACCCUCACACCCAGGGGCGUGGUGCUGGUGAAGGUGGGAGAGCCAAUCAACCUUGAAUGCAAGGCGACGGGUGAGCCACGCCCGUCCGUAAGGUGGCACAGACACGACACGACCAGCAAGACCAUACUGAACAGCCCCGUGCCCAUGGAGUCCAAUGCAGUAAUGCAGGUUCUAGCUGCCCGCCCAGAGGAUUCUGGGACGUACGGCUGCACGGCUGAGAACAGUGAGGGGUCUGUGGAGCUGAAGGUGGUGGUGAUGGUGCAGGGGGGGACGCUGGGGCCCUCGGCCCCCCGCGCCUCAGUGCCUGAGCCCUUAAUGGUGGUGGUCGAGGGGCAGGCCGUCACUCUACACUGUGAUGCUCAUGGCCAUCCCAUCCCAACCAUCACAUGGUCAAAGCUGAGAUCUCCCCUCCCCUGGAAGCAUAAAGUGGUUAACAACAGCCUGGUCCUGCCCAGCAUCGGACGCCAGGACUCCGGGCAGUACAUCUGUAAUGCCACCAACAGCAUGGGCACCUCCGAGGUCACCAUUACGCUGGAUGUGGAGACCCCACCGUACACCACCAUCCUGCCGGACGACCUCUCGGUGCGGGUGGGCGAGGUGAUUCGGCUGCAGUGCCUGGGCCACGGCACUCCGCCCCUACGCUUUGAUUGGACCAAGGUGGAUGGCAGCAUGCCUGCAAAGGCGGACAUGCAGGCCGGUGACCUCCAGAUCAACCUGGCCACAGAGGCAGACGCCGGCUCCUACAGGUGCAGGGCCACCAACAAAGUGGGCUCCAGCGAAGCCCUGGCUAAAGUCACUGUCACCUCCCCCCUGGCAGUGCGCGUGUCCCCCCAGGUGGAGGUGAAAUCGCUGGGCAGCUCCGUGGAGUUCACCUGCUCGGCUAACGGAGACGACCAGACCACCGUCAUGUGGCUAAAGGAGGGCGGCGACCUGCCCCCAAAGCACCACAUCACUGACGGGGUACUGAGGAUGGAUAACCUGGAGCAGAGUGACGCAGGCUUCUACAUCUGCCGCGCAACCAGUGUGUUCGGGCAGGCCCAGGAUACCGCCAAACUCACCAUCCAAGCCCUGCCCAAAGUGAUGAUAAACAUCCGGACCUCGGUGCAGACAGUGAUGCUGGGUAACUCGGUGGAGUUUGAGUGCCAGGCGGUCGGGGACCCCACCCCCACCGUGAGGUGGAGCAAGGUGGGGGGGUCCCUGCCCGCCCAUGUGGAGGUGCGGGGGGGCAUGCUGAAGAUCCCGCAGGUGAAGGACACGGACGCUGGACACUACCGCUGCACCGCCACCAACGAUGUGGGCUCCGUGCAGUCCCAGGUGGUCCUCAAUGUGCAGUCUCUUCCCCAAAUCACUGCCCAGCCUGAGGUGAAGGAUGUGACUCUGGGGUCCACUGCGGUCUUCCCCUGCCUGGCCACUGGAUAUCCUGUCCCUGAGGUCAAAUGGUCAAAGAUGGAUGAAGAUCUGCCAUCCAAAGCUGUAGAGGAGGGCAACGUCCUGACCAUUCCAGACGCCACAGCAGAGGACAUGGGAAUGUAUGUGUGCACAGCUUCCAACAAACAGGGAAAAGUGCAGGCCUUCUCUACACUCAGAGUACACGAGCGAGUGGUGCCUUACUUCACCCAGACCCCUCUCUCCUACCUCACCCUGCCCACUAUUAAGAAUUCCUACAAGGCAUUCAACAUCAAAAUCACCUUCAGGCCUGACACCACCGAUGGUGUGGUAUUGUUUGGCGGUAUGAUGGUCUACAACGGGCAGAGGAAGACCACAGGCGCCGACUUCAUCUCCCUGGGGCUUGUGGGCGGUCGUCCAGAGUUCAGGUUUGAUGUAGGCUCAGGCAUGGCCACAAUUCGUUACCCUACCCCCCUUAAGCUGGGAGAGUUCCACACAGUGGAGAUCCACCGCAACCAGACUCAGGGGUCUCUGGUGGUGGACGGGGAGGCCCCAGUCAACGGCAGCUCACAGGGGAAAUUCCAAGGCUUGGAUCUGAACGAGGAGCUGUACGUAGGAGGUUACCCAAACUACAGCCUCAUUUCCCAAACUACUGGCCUCAAAAGUGGCUUUGUGGGAUGUAUCCGUCAGCUGAUCAUCCAAGGUGAUGAGGUCAUAUUUAAAGUCCUGGACCGCAGCUCUACCGGGGUUUCUAACUGUCCCACUUGCAAAGAUCGGCCCUGUCAGAAUGGAGGUGUGUGCCGAGACUCAGAGACGAGCAGCUAUAAGUGUGACUGUGCAAGAGGAUUCACCGGGAGCAACUGUGAACACCACUCUGCUCUGCACUGCCACCCAGAGGCCUGUGGGCCGGACGCUACCUGCAUCAACCGCCCGAAUGGCCUGGGCUACGACUGCCGCUGCCACCUGGGCAGGUCUGGAGACAAGUGCAUGGAGGGCACUUUAGUGACCACGCCCGCCUUCGAUGGCGAAGACUCCUUCAUCGCCUACCCGCCCCUCACCAACAUCCACAACGACCUGCGGGUGGAGCUGGAGUUCAGGCCUCUGGACCAGGAGGGCCUCAUGUUCUUCAGCGGGGGGAAGAAGACCAAGGUGGAGGACUUUGUGUCCCUCUCCCUGGUGGACAGUCACGUGGAAUUCCGCUACGAGCUCGGGACAGGAAUGGCGGUCCUUCGCAGCCAGGAGCCUGUGACGCUGGAGCAGUGGCAUCGUGUCACCGCCGAGCGCCUCAACAAAGAUGGCUUCCUGAAGGUGGACCAGGCUCCUGAGGUCAGGAGGUCGUCUCCGGGGAAGGCGCAGGGCCUGAACAUCCACACCCCAAUGUAUCUGGGCGGGGUCCCCAGCAUGGACAUCCUGCCCAAAGCCGCCAACAUCAGUAUGCUGUUCGAGGGCUGCAUAGGAGAGGUGCGGGUCAAUGGGAAGAAGGUGGACCUGUCCUACAGCUUCCUGGAGAGCCAGGCGGUGGGGGAAUGCUCUGACAGCAGCCCCUGUGAGCGCAGGCCCUGUCUGCACGGGGGGACCUGCCUCUCCAGCUCAGAGCACCAGUACCGCUGCCUCUGCCAAGAUGGCUUCCAAGGGGAGCGCUGUGAGGUGGUGAAGGACUCCUGUCAGCACAGUGCCCAGUGUCUGAACGGGGGCAGCUGCUCCAGCCAGCGCUGUGUGUGUGCCCCUGGGUACACCGGCCUCUUCUGCGAGAGCGAUUCCCCAGCUCAGUAUGCUGCAUAUUUCCAUGAUGAUGGGUACUUGACUCUGCCAAAGCCAAUCUUUCCCAGAAGCUCACCGGAUGCCCCUGAGACCAUGGAGCUGGAGAUCCGCACCGUCUCCUCAGAGGGCCUGGUCCUGUGGCAGGGGGUGGAGCCGACUGGGGCUUUUCGCAAGCUGCAUGCUAGACACAAGGAACUUGGAGAUCAAGGAAAAGGCAAAGACUUUAUUAGCCUUGGCUUAAAAAAUGGACAUCUUGUUUUCAGUUAUCAGCUGGGCAGUGGAGAGGCAGAGAUCAUCUCUAAAGAGCCUAUUAAUGAUGGAAACUGGCACAAGCUAACUGCAGUGAGGACUGGUAAACAAGGCUACCUCCAGGUUGACGGAGGAGCCCCCAGAAAAGGACAGUCACAGGGUAGAAUGAUCAUGGUGGAUACCAAAGGCAACAUAUUCCUGGGCGGGGCUCCGGACAUGACUGCAUUGACGGGCGGAAAGUUCUCCUCCGGGAUCACCGGCUGCGUGAAGAACCUGGUGCUGACGAACGCACGGCCGGGGAAACGGCCCUUCAGGCCCCUCGACCUGAGGGCCCAUGCAGAGGACGGCAUCAACGUGGAGCGCUGCUUGUCGUAGAUUCAACUAACACAACUACAAACACACACACACACAGAGCUGUGUGUCAUAGACAGGAACCACAAACUACAAACACACACACACACAGAGCUGUGUGUCAUAGACAGGAACCACAAACUACAAACACACACACACAGAGCUGUGUGUCAUAGACAGGAACCACAAACUACAAACACACACACACACACAGAGCUGUGUGUCAUAGACAGGAACCACAAACUACAAACACACACAGAGCUGUGUGUCGUAGACAGGAACCACAAACUACAAACACACACAGAGCUGUGUUGUAGACAGGAACUACAAACACACACACAGAGCUGUGUGUCGUAGACAGGAACCACAAACUACAAACACACACACACACACAGCUGUGUGUCAUAGGCAGGAACCAGAGUCUUGAUAUUCAACUAACAGCUACAAAUACACACACACACAUACAGACUGGCACUCACACAAACACAAUGACAGGAUAAUGGUGCUCAGUUCUUACAAACUGUUACCAAAAGCAAAGCAUUGUCGCUCCUUGGUGCUGCAUAAAUACAAAACUGUUGAAAACAUUCUAUUAGCCAUUUUUCACAAAUCUAUUUCUAAUGAAGGACUCUUACUAAUUUCAGUCUACAUUCUCCCUGCAGUAGCAUUUAACUAUGAAGAAAAAGUAGGCCUUUUACAGUGGUGUAGAUCUGGAAUUGAAGAUGCUUUUAGCACUGACUCUUAUUUAUGCACACACACACACACACACAAUAUUA